AUGCAUUGACGUAUGCAAAUGAGGAAGGUGGAGCGUUUUGCUUCAGGUUUCCCGCGAAAGUGUUUACGGAAGGUGAAAACUGAAAAAGCUUGGAGGAUACUUUUUGGAGGCGUUAUUACCAGUAUAUACUGGUGUAUUAUAGUCUUUGAGCUUUAGAGAUACUUUGAAAUCUGUGAGUGUUAGCGGUUUGUCACACAGGUCGGGCAUUAAGUAACGGCAACUGUUUUCCCCAAAGACGAGGCAGCAUUGACCCGAAAAAAACAGACCAUUUGGUGUGCCUUCAAGAUGCAGCGAAGUAUAGCAUCUUUUUUCCAACCAUUAAAAAAUGCAAAACCAAAGAAGGAAGAGGAAAAUGAGGUUGAAAAAGAUACGGACUGUAAACAGAAGUCCACCACGGCGCCAAAGAAAGAGAAGGAGAAUAAAAAUGCAGUGAAGAAAGAAAAGCAGAAAGAUAACUCGCUGACGAAGGAUAAAAAGAGGAAGGAGGACAAGAAAACACUGAAGAAAAAAACUGAUGAAGAAGAGGAGGAAGAAGGAAAAUCAGUAAACAAAGAAAAUGAGAAGGAGAAACAUAAGAAAGAAGGAGCUGCAGUUUCCCCCCAGAAACAAAAUGACGACGCCUGUACUGAGGCAUCCUCUCCUGUGAAGCGGGUGUCAAAGAAAAUUCGACGUGUUAUUGACAGUGAUGAUGAGGAUGAACCACAGCAGAAUGAGGGAGAUAUGCAUGAUGAAGAAGAGCAGAGUGACAAACUGGAAAAGAAACCAGUAAAACCAGAGACCAAAAUCAAUGGUACUCCAGAGACCCCCGCAAAGCCUUCUCCCAAACAGGUCUAGGAAACAGCUACCAAAACGUAAGCUAGAUACAACUAAUGAAAGGAGCCCUGGAGAGGAGUCUGAUGUUGUUGAAAAUGAGAAGAAGAGAAGGAAACCACAUGAAGAUAUGGAAGAGUGCAAUGCUGUGGACUCGAAAAAGACUGAGGAGAAUGAAAAAAUGGAUCAGGAAGACACUGAUAGAGGGCAGCAGAAUGGUGUGGUGUCUGAAGAGGAGGAGAAGAUGGAAGUCGAAGAAGCCAAAGAGCAGACUGCAUCAGAACCAAAGGAAGACCCUGACAAGGAACCUGUAAGACAGGAAGCAGAAUGUAACAAAUCAAAGACUGAAAGACAGCCAGAGACUAAAGCAGACCAUAAAAGUGCUGGCUCUGAAGAAAAAAAGGCCACUGAACAGGAAGCAGUGGAAAAGCCCAAGAAAACUAUCAGUGGAUUCUUUGCUCCAAGAAAAACAGCAACGAAGCUGGAAAAGGAAGAUGAAAGUGGAAAAUUACUUAGCUCAAAAGGAUCUCCUGAGAGUUGCUCAGAAAAGAAACCUACUCUCAACAGUUUCUUUGGCUCUUCUAAGCCGAACUCUGCUCAAGAUUCAACAGUAGACUACAAUCCUUCAGCUGCUCGUUACCAUCCUAUAACAGAUGCUUGCUGGAAUCACAAACAGAAGGUGCCAUAUCUGGCUAUAGCACGAACAUUUGAGAAGAUUGAAGAUGAAUCUGCAAGACUAAAAAACAUAGAGACCUUGAGUAAUCUGUUUCGCUCUGUGAUUACCCUCUCCCCUGAAGAUCUCCUUCCUUGUAUUUAUCUCUGCCUUAACCGAAUUGGACCAGCAUAUGAAGGACAGGAGCUUGGCAUUGGAGAGACCAUAUUGAUGAAGGCUGUUGCCCAGGCAACAGGACGUCAGUUGGACAAAAUAAAGGCGGAAGCUCAAGAGAAAGGAGACUUGGGACUUGUGGCUGAGAGCAGUCGCAGCAAUCAGCGGACUAUGUUUGCUCCACCAAAACUCACUGUUGCUGGAGUAUUUUCCAAGCUAAAGGAGAUUGCCAAGAUGACUGGCAGUGCAUCCAUGAAUAAGAAGAUCGAUAUUAUUAAAGGAAUGUUUGUUGCUUGUCGGCACUCAGAAGCACGCUACAUUAUUCGGUCUCUUGGUGGCAAACUGCGCAUUGGUUUAGCUGAGCAAUCUGUGUUGGCAGCAAUAUCGCAGGCUAUUUGUCUUACGCCUCCUGGCCAAGAAUAUCCACCAGAGAUUGUAGAUGCUGGAAAAGGAAUGACCACAGAUGCUCGCAAAUCUUGGAUUGAAUCAAAGGCUUUGAUCUUGAAGCAGACCUAUUGUGAGUUACCCAACUACGAUGUGAUAAUACCUGUGCUGUUAAAGAAUGGAAUUGAUGAAUUGCCUAAGCACUGCAAACUCACACCAGGAGUGCCAUUAAAACCCAUGUUGGCUCAUCCUACGAAGGGCAUUGGAGAAGUUAUGAAACGGUUUGAUGAAGCUGCUUUUACUUGCGAGUACAAAUAUGAUGGUGAGCGAGCACAGAUUCAUAUUUUGGAAAAUGGAGAAGUUCACGUUUACAGUCGAAACCAGGAGAACAACACCACUAAGUAUCCUGACAUCAUUAGCCGCAUUCCAAAGGUUCAAAAAGAACAUGUGAAGUCAUGUAUCAUAGACUCAGAGGCAGUCGCUUGGGAUCAGGAAAAGAAGCAAAUUCAGCCAUUCCAAGUUUUGACAACACGGAAACGGAAGGAUGUCGAUGCCUCUGAAAUUAAAGUUCAAGUUUGUGUUUAUGCUUUUGACCUGUUGUAUCUGAAUGGUGAGUCACUGGUUAAAGAGCCUUUUGCAAAGCGACGCGAAUUAUUGAAAGAUUCCUUCACUGAAGUAGAAGGGGAGUUCAUGUUUGCCACCUCAAUGGUUAGUUCAAACACAGAUGAAAUUGCUGAAUUUUUGGAGCAGUCUAUUAAAGAUUCAUGUGAAGGAUUAAUGGUUAAGACAUUGGAAGUAGAUGCCACUUAUGAGAUUGCAAAGCGAUCACACAACUGGCUGAAGCUGAAGAAAGAUUAUUUGGAGGGGGUUGGUGAUACUCUUGACCUGGUGGUGAUUGGGGCCUACCUAGGUAAAGGAAAGCGCACAGGGAUGUAUGGAGGUUUCCUUCUAGCAUGCUAUGAUGAAGAGAAUGAAGAGUAUCAGAGUAUUUGUAAGAUUGGAACAGGAUUUAAAGAUGAAGAACUGGAGCAGCACCAUAAUUUUUUCAAAGAUCAUCUGAUUGAGAAGCCUCGGGCAUACUAUCGCUGGGACAGUUCAUCAGAACCUGAUCACUGGUUUGAUACAGUCCAGGUGUGGGAAGUGAAAUGUGCAGAUCUCUCCAUCUCGCCUGUACAUAAGGCAGCUGUUGGGCUGGUGGAUAACGAAAAGGGCAUCUCUCUCAGAUUUCCAAGAUUUCUGCGUAUUCGAGAUGACAAAAAGCCAGAGGAUGCCACUUCAAGUUCUCAGGUAGCUGAUCUCUACACCAAACAACAACAGAUCCAAAACCAGCAGAAUUCAGAAAAAGUGGAAGCAGAGGACUAUUACUAGUUUACUGUGUGUCUUCUUGUAAUCUACAUCUUUGAAUAUGUGACUUGCAGUUGUGCACAUUGAUGCUAGAUGAUUCGCACCAAAAGAAACCCCUUAAUUUCUCCUUGUAUGUCAGACUUCACUAAAAGUACAGCAAAAGGGGAUCGCAUUUGUUCUAAUUUGCUACAGCUGGGAUGAGUUAACCUACAUUUUUUCCACUCUUUGACAUUUCCAGGCAAUGGCAGCUGGUCUUGAGUCCAUGUCAGGCACCUUUUCAGUGGCAAGGAUUUGGCUUAAUGCUCAACUGAUUUAAACUCCUGAUUUCCCAUAGGUGAGACCAGUGGAAGCUACAUUUUCCUUUGAUCCUAAGUUAUGGCUUGGGAGGCUACUGGAGUGCACACUUAAAUGAUUCUGUCCACAGUUGGAUUAUCAAGCAGGUUUAAAAUGUUAGAUUUUCAAACAAAAAUGUAUUUUGUACUAUAUUUGUAAUUUACCAGAAUAAUGUAGCUAGAAUAAUUUUUUAUGGGGGAGUUGAUAAUAAAGAAUAAUAUUAGAUACUA